AUUGAACACCAGAUCACGUGACUAACAAAAUGGCCGUUACGAUUUUGUUUGGACUUGCAUAAAGUCAUUUAAAUCGAAAAUUUAUCCAGUUGCGCACGUUUUUUUGUUUGCAAGUAUACCCAAAACAGCAUGUCAAACCAUGGAGAAUGGAAGGACUGGGUGGGCGAACUAUUUGAGCCUGCAUUUGGUGCCACCAUAGAGGACCUAGUGGCGGGUGAAGAUGAGCCUAAAAACAAACCUCGAGUCAAGCACAUGUCGGUACAUGACCCUGAAGCCAUCAGAAAGGUUUAUGAAAGGGUUCACAUGAUGGCAAUUCUAGACGAGGAGAUGAGAGCGCAGAAAAAAGAGCCACCUGGUGCACAAAAACAACAGCAACAGCUGCAGCAGCAAAAACAACAGCGACCAAUUGAGGUAAAAGCUCCUGAAUCAGGUACAUUGGCAUCCAUUGCAUCUCCUUCUGUAGCAGAGGAGUCCUCUUGCAUUUGGGAUUCAGCAGAAAUUGGCGUUCUUCGACAGGCAUAUAGAAAACUAAAGGAAGACAGUAUAGAAUCUAUGGUACAUGUGAGAGAAACCAUGAAACGGAAUGAAGAUUUAGAGAAACAUGUGGUAGAACAAAAACAUAUAAUUGCUUCACAAAAGGUGAAGCUAUCGGAAGCGAAGAUUGCCAAUAAAAGAUUGAAAAUUCAUGUGGAUAGUUUGACUGAAGAGGUUAAGUAUUUGACAGCAAAGACUGGUGCAAUGGAGGAAGUGAUUAGGGAAGUCAAAACUGAACAUUCUGAUAUGGUUAAGGAAAUGCAUGAGAACAGAGUGACGACAGAUAAGGAGAGAAUGGAGCGGGAGAGGAUCAAGUUAAAGUUGGACUUGUUGAAACGAGAAGCGUUAGCAGAAAAACUAGCUGCGGAAGACAAAAUUAGGACUCAGUGUAGAAAGGCUAUACAUGAUCUCAAGGAAGAAGUGAAGAAAUUGGAGAAAGAACUGAUGGAGGAGAAAGAAAAGAGACUGGUUACAGAGAAGGGGUUGAAGCAUUUGAGAAAUCAUUUCUCCAGCCUCUCUGUUCAAGAUAUUAUGCCUCACAAUGCGGUGGAUAGAGAUCAGAUAGGUUUCAUUCAAUAUUGAAAUAAGCAUUUCAUGUUUUUCAUGUAUAUUUAUUUAUGGAUUUGUACUGUUUCAAUAUAUCUUAACUAAUUAUCUA